GACUUGCCUAGGUUAUGUGGGGAAGAGAGGCGGGACCUUGCAGCCGGGAAGGGCGUACUCUUUGCGGUCAGACCGGGCAGAGUCAUCCCGAGGGGUGGGUCCUCCGGCAGCAGUAAAGGAAAACCCACCUUUUUUCAUUGUUAAGGACGCGGUGGAAUGUGAUGGUUUGAUCUCAAACGGACCAGGGAGGGGAAUAUCUGAGAGAAAAGAACUGACGAAAGUGAUUUAGGGAAAGUGGUAAGCCAAAAAACGCAGUCCCCCUGUCGCCUCAGCUCUCUGAUUGUAUCUGAGAAUAUGUGGAUGAACUUGUUCUCGCCGUGUCGGCAGCAGCGAGUCCGACUGUCCGCAUGAGCACAAACCGUGUGAAGUUGUGGAUUUACCGCUGCGUUUUUCUGACCCAGCGGUGGACCAGCUAAGGAUGAAGACAUUGCGAAGAGGAGCAUAACGUCUGACCGCCAAAAGGAUCUAAAAUAUGACAGAUUUGUCUGCUAAACACCAACCUAAGGGAACUUCAAAGUCUUAAAGUGACAGUGACAGACAGACUGCUGAGAGAAAAGAGUAUUUUCCCAAGAACCUAAAGGACGUGCUAACACUACCACACAAAUGUGGACUUCCCAAAACAUUGUCAUUAAAUAAUCUGAACAACAUCAAAGAACACAAGAUAUAACGUAAAGUAUUUUGUAGCCAUGUCAGACCAUAAAGACAUGACGCAUCGCCACCUGCGGCACAAGCUACAGAGUCUCAGUCGAAGACUGGAUGAACUGGAAGAAGCAACCAACAAGCUGCAGAAGUCUGAGGAUGAGCUACUUGACCUGCAGGACAAAGUCAUCCAGGGAGAAGGCAGCAACUCAGCCCUGCUUGGAGAUGUGGAGGACCUGAGGAAACGUCUACUAAAGAUCCAGGGUAAGGAUGAGGAGGUGCGCAAAGCUGAGGAUCUCUGCCGCACAGUCAGAGAGAAACUGGAGGAAGAGGAAAGCCUGACACAGGAGCUAAAGGCAGAGAUUGAACGUCUAAAGCGGAGGAUGGCUGAACUGGAGAAACUGGAAGAAGCUUUUGGGAAAAGCAAGUCUGACUGCAGCCAGCUGUGUCUAAGCCUCAAUGAGGAAAAGAACUUGACCAAGAAGCUCUCGUCUGAGUUGGAGGCCCUCAAAGCACGUUUGAAGGAGGUGGAGGGGUCUGAGACAAAGCUAGACAGAGCAGAGCAGGCUUUGGCUAUGGAGCUUGAGAAACUGAAAGGAUUCACUCAGACCUUUAUGAGUGAGCGUAAGAGGUUACUGGAGAAGCAGAGGGAAGACGAGAAGAUCAUUCUCAAGCUGACAGAAAAAUUAGAGCAUCAGAAAAAUCGCCUUGGCAUGUCAGCAGACUCUGGUCGUGCAGAUUUCAUGAGGUCACGAAUUGAGGAUGAGCUUUCAUCCACAGUGCCCCUCACAGGUAAACUGUCUGGACGCAAGAAGAGCAUUGAGUACUUGAAGUUAGCUGAUGACAACAUUGGUCUUGUGAACAAAUCUGAGAAUGAAAAGAACAGCGGCCUUGAAAGCUUGCAGGAGGACAACAAAGUAAAGGAUCUGACACAGGAAGUAGAGCGGCUGAAGAACCGCCUUAAACAGAUGGAGAUAGUGGAGGAGGAUCUAAAGAACUCUGAGUCCAAAAAUGGUGAACUUCGUGAGAAGUUCCAGAUGGAACAAAACCGGGCUCGCCAACUGAGCGAGCAGGUGGAACAGCUCAGGACGCAGAUGUGCGGAAAAGGUGGAAUUGGAAGAAAUGGAACCAGUAAUGUGGAUAAACACGGCAAUGGGAGCACUAACAUUUGCCCCAACAACACUGCAAAGGUCCUGGAGAAUGGCAAAGCUGAGAAUGAAGAGAUUAUUGUGAAGGGAGGUUACAGACAAGAGAAGCCCAAAUAUAGAUGUGCUGCAACUGUCUCAGAGCCAAGUUCCCCCAAACACAGGAACAGGGAGCUCUCUCCUCAGCAUAAGAGAGAGACCAAGCUGAGGAGCAAAGAUCACAGCCACUCAGAGGAGAUCUCUCCUAGGUCUGUGAGGAGACCUCUCAGUCCUGCUCACAAGAGUAGAAGGACACCAAAAAUUUCAUCUAAUAAUGGAAUAAAAGACACAGGACGAGUAAAUGAGGAAAAGAUAAGAGGAGCCAUGUCCUGCUCUGUAAACACAUCCUCUACUGAUAUUAAGAAAGCGCCUGUUCUUAGUCGCUACCCUCCAGCAGUUAAUGACCAGAAGCCACUGAGGACGGCUCACAAACAGACAGAUGGGGGGAAUAAAAAGAGCAGAGUGGAAAAGUAUUCCAAAUUAUACGUAGGUAGUGAUAGCGAAUCAAACAACUCUGACGUAGUGCCUGACAGUACCAGUAACAUCAACAGUAUCUCUGCUUUAGAGAAGGACACUGCUUCUGCCUCAGAUCAGGAAUCAACAGACCAGGUUCAGGAAUCUGUCUCUGCAUCCGCCGCCUCCACCCUGUCCACAGCCAAUGGAUCCUACACAGCCUACAAAUCCCGCAUCACUCCAGUGUUGCCCAACGACCAGGGAUCAGAGGGUCAUUCAUCUGCUUCCGAAACAGAAUCUACUGGAUCGAGGCCCUGUGAACCAGAGCCUGUUACUGAGACAACUACUACAACAACCCUGAGCAGUAGGACUCCAACCUCCAGAUAUCCCAGAUACUCCCUUGUCCAUGACUCAAAUUCAGAAGGUUCUUCUUCCCGGAGCUCUUUUGAUGAGGAGCUCCACAACAGACCACUGUUAGCUGAGGGAGGCCAACAGGGACCCACGCACACUGCAUCAGGGAUUGAGAUCCAGCGAGUGUGCAGCCCACGGGAGGCGCUAAGAUCAAAAGCUAUCAUCAAGCCUGCAAUCGUUGAGAUUGACAAGAAAGAAGUGAUGAGUUCAGAACCUUUGUCUACAAAUGGAAAACCCAAAAUCUCCACCAAACCUAUCGUGACCACCACAAGUAAAAUGACCAGUAGUAUAACCAUCUACCCCAAUGACCCAAGCUCUUCCAGAACCAGCAGUCGCAGCAGCAGUGUGUCCAGUGAAACUGUGCCACACCUGCGCCACACCUCCACCAGUAACAUCCUCAUAGGCCCCAGCAGUGAGCACCAUGGCAGUAUCUCCAUCCCAUAUGAGAUCUCCAUUCCCAAGAGCGAUAUCACCUUGCGGUCGUGCCUGGACCAGGACUGUGGGCUGGAUGAAAGCAGUGAUUCCUCAUCAAAGUCCAAACUUCACAACACUUCCAGUGUGGAGACCGCCACCAGCCACCUGUGCUGCCAACGCAGCAACAUCAGCCUCCAGCCCUCGGACACCACUUCCGCAGACUUUAACGACACAGAGUCGGGCUUCGAAAGCAGUAGCAGCACCACCACGGUCACCAGCUGGAGACACCAAAGACAAGGCCAUCACUCCCAAGACGACAGUUUACCAGACAUGAAGAAUGUCACAAUGAGAAGCACCUGGAAGAACCGGGGCACUUCGUCAGUGGAUGAGACAAGACGGGGAAGAGGAGGUGCAAGAACGAUGGCUGAUGGUGGGUCGGAAGAUGAAGUAGAAGCCGAGACAACUUGGAGGGCUUACCGGGCAACCACAAUCGAUACAGAAGAAACGAUACACAGUGGAACAGGAGCUGGUGGGAAUGCUGAGGCACAGAAGGGAGCCAAGCCAUCCCCUGCAGAGGUAUACAUGCGUAGAAUCAACAGUGUGGUUACUAACACCAGAGAAGUUGAGGAACCAGUGCUUCGCCGAGGCAAACAGUCAAAAUCUCCCACCAUGGAAGCAAGUGGCCUGGGAAGGACCAUACUCCACGCACCUGUUACCUCUCAGUCCUGGGCCCGAUCCUACACACAGGAACCUCAGGCUGCUGAUAGUGUAGAGCCCAGUCCAAACCCGAGCCACAGCCCAGCCUCCUGGAGGCGGCAGCUACCCAGCAUCGACUCUCACCACCUGGGGAGCUCUUAUGACCGGGCAUCCAAGACUGCUGGGGCCUCCUCCAGAGGGGAUCUGUGGUCCAGUCGGGGUCAGGGGUCAGGGGCCAGAGCAGAGGGGAGGAGUGGAGCGGGGAGCAGACCGUGGAGCCAUCGCCACUCUGAGCAUCAUUAGACCAGCUGGGACUGAGCAGGACUUCUACAGCAGGAGGACAGCACUCCAUUAAGCUCUCAAUGGCACAAGAAAGGCCAAACAUCAAUCUCCCAUCUACUAAUGGCUUGUACCAUCUCCAAAAGUCAACAGCGUUUAAAGCAAGUAAAGCAAUGAAAAAUAGCAGUUGCCACAUAGAACAUCAGACCUGACAUCCUUACUCUGACCCUAAAUGUACACUGAGAUGUGAACAGCUCUUCCUAUCCGGUAAUUUCUCUGUCCCAAAAGAAGCAUGAACAGUGCCUGUACAGUGUUUUGGAGGUUGCCUCACCAGCCCAUGUAUCCUCUUCUGCUUCUCGUGUUGGAUGUAUUAUAGUGUAAUCCCGAAACUUGACAAGGGAGAGGUUGGCAUGCUGGGGACGGCUGGGGAUUUGUCUGCGUGCCAAAGGGUUUAAAGAGGACGAGAGGAAGAAGGACUCAAACGUUGAGAAUGCCUUUCUCAGAGGACCAUUACAGCGACCUCAAUGGAUAUAUGUCGCUUCUAUGUCAGAAUUUCACCCUUUCUCCAUCACUGAAAAAAAACAACCCAAUAUUCAAUCAACAGCAGUGCAAUGUUUAAGCUUAAUUUUUGUCUCACAGGGCUGGAUCUUCAUGCAUAAAUUAUCACAAACUAAAGGAUCUUUUACCUUUUUAAUGUGACCAAAAACAGGAAGCGAACCCAUCAAUGUUGACUCGUACCAUAUUAUUUACUUUUGCUUUGAAGGCCAUGUGGGCUUUUUUUCAGAUUUUCUCACACAAAUAAAUACACAAAACCAUACAAACACAUGCUCAUUUUUAACUUUUGAUUCAUAUUUAUGCUGUGUCACCACUUUCUGGCAUGCAGCCUCAAACUGGAUUUGAUUUGGGGUCUUAGAUGUUGAGCAAACAUUUGCAUGUUUCUAAGUU